AUUUGAACACCCACACACACACUGCACAUGUGACAAACAGAUCUACUUGAUACUAGUACUGGCCCCAAGAGUUCAGAACAAAGAGUUUGAGAGAGCUACUGUGACUGUAUUCUAUUGAAGAAGCCAAAUACUAUCAUGGGAGAUACUGUUCAAGUGGGUAUUGGUUCCUGGGGUACUGGUUGUUUUGUCAACAUGACGUAUAUCUCUCCAACGGCACCAACCCGGACUGGGCUCAACUUCAUGUGUGGGCAGGACUAUGUGUUCCAUUGCAACCCCCGCUACGAUGAAGGGGCUCUUGUCCUGAACACGAUGGCCAACCACCAAUGGCAAGGAGAGGAGAGGCCCCCUAACUUCCCCUUAGGGUAUGGGCAGCCCACACAGAUUACUACAGCUGUCAAUGACCAGACUGUCGACGUCUUUGCCAACAAGAGACAGUUCUCUUAUUCUUAUCGCCAUCGCUACGAUAUCAGCAAGGUCAACCAGAUCCUAUGCCACGGAGUAGGCAGACCCAUAAAGGUGUUCAUUGGAAAGGCUCUACCUGACUUUGAAGUGGGUAAAAUUGUCUACAUCAAGGGGAAGGCUCCAGCGGGUAAUGGCUUCUCUGUGGACCUUGUACCCUCUCUUCCCUACGACUACAAGUCAGAGACCUUUGCUUUUCAUUUUAGUGCCAGGUUCAACGAAAAUGUGGUUGUCCGUAACCACAAAAUCAACGACGUUUGGGCAAAUGAAGAGAGAGGCGGAGGAAUGCCAUUUGUGAGAGGAGAGUCUUUCUCAAUGACGAUUGUGGCUCAGAAGCACGGGUUUGAAGUGGGUGUGAAUGGAAGUCACUUCUGCUUCUUCAAACAUCGAGUUCCUCUUACCAAGGAGAUGUCUGUGGAGGUCAUUCAUUUACCCUUCAUUGAGAAGAUUGAGUACUUUCCCAGUGCCACAAUUCGCUGCGACCAGUUUGAGCCCGGUAUGUUUGUCAACCUCCUCAUAAACUCAACAGAAAAAGGGGCAUUCAAUAUCUUCCUAAAUGACAAUGAAAACAACCACUUAUUAGAAGUUACUCCGGACUACACUACAUCAAGCUUGGUGCUAGGUAGCACACUGGGUCACAAAAAACACAAGGAGAAACCAACAUCCAUUCCUUUGGAAAAAGGGAAGGACUUUCAACUGACUAUUUCUGCUGAAGCUAACUCUUUCGACAUAUUUAUCGAGAAGAAGAAGUACUACUCUUACCAGUACAGGGAGGAUGUGACGAAAGUAAAGAAGAUAGUGUUUGAGGGGAAUGGAAGCAUGGCUUCUCUAUCCAUUGGGAAGUGCCUACUUGGUCGAAGCUGGUCCGAUAUAAAGGUAGUCUACAUACAAGGAAAGGCUCCGAAUUGUGACAAGUUUGCCAUUGACUUUGCCUCUUCGUUCCAGCCUAAUUAUAUCCGUGACAACCUCCCUUUUCACAUGAGUGUACGCCUAAACGAUGGACGUGUCAUUAGAAAUGCCAAAAUCAGUGAGACAUGGAAGGACGAAGAAGCGGACGGUGGGAUGCCCUUCAAAGCGGGGGAAGACUUCUCAGUGACUGUGUUUGCUCAAGUAGGAACAUUUGAAGUUGCAGUCAACUCAAAUCACUUCACGAAGUUCAGAUAUAGAAUGCCACUGCCAGGGGACAUGUCAGUACAGCUUAGAAAUGUAUCACACCUCAAAAAGAUAGAAUAUCAUUGAACUUUAAUUACAACACACGAAAUUCAUUGUAGCUCAAUAAUUAUUUUUGCAGACUAAACUAACAUCUGACUAACAUGAAACCCAGAGGAGGUAGGACAGGUCUCAAUAGGUCGCUAUAAAAGAGCGUACAAGGGUCUUCAUUGUAUUUUUGCAUGUGAUUCCUCUAGUUAGAAGUGAUUACAAGCGAAUUCGUCUCCAACAGAGCUAGCUAGAGAUUAGUCAGCUCUAGUACUAACAGUGGGGCCAAAUGCUAGUCGUUUGCUCAAAGUCGGUUUCGAGAGGUGCAAGUGUGCCUACUGGACAGUUUAUUCCAAGGCUGCUGUUUUCGGCCCGUUAGAGACCCACAAUCUCUCUUCUAAGACUUACAUAUUGUAGACUCAGUCAAAGCUAAUCUCUAGCUAGCUCUGUUUGAGACUGUUCACUUCUAACCUAGAGCAUGUGGCUGUCGCACGUAAGCAAACACUGACAUUAUGUGCAGCAAUUAAGACCCUAGUACGAUACCCUCAUUAGCGACCUAAUGAGACCUGUCCUACCUCCUCUGCAUGAAACCACUGUUGUGAUUGAUUGAUUGACCACACUGAUAGUGGAACCAACUGCUGUAGCUCUAGAGGUUAAAGUUGAACAGUGGGAGCUAUUUAGAACAUAUGCCACAGUCUAGUCCAGUCCAGCAUACAGUACAGUACAGAUGCAAUAAUGGAGAUAGUGUGUGAUGAAUUCAAAGGAGACAUGUUCACCCAUUUGGAGUAUACCUCUCCACAAGAAAAUGGUUCACUAAAGGUCACCUUUUUUGAGUGCUCAUCACAGAACUACCUUCUACAACUGUCUAUACCGUACAGCAAACAGAGUCAAGACGUGACACUAACAAGGAGAACUGCUACACAAGGCAACAUAUCAGAGACUUGUCCCAAGAACUUUCCUCUGGACAAAGGAAAGGCCACACAGCUGACAAUAUGGGGAGAGUCGGAGAAAAUGGAGUUUCAAAUCUACACAGAUCAGCAGAAGUGGCACACACUUCAGCACAAGUUAAACUAUGAUAGAGUCGACGGCGUGGCCAUUACACUGGACAAGAAGGGGAUCACAGAUAUGAAUAUGAUCUUUGGCAUGUACCUCCCCAGUUACAGCGUCGGCAGGGUGGUGUACGUACAUGCCGUGGCUCCUAGCAACGGGAUAUUCUCUAUUGACCUCGUCUCUUCGGCCCCCGACAAAUACGACCUCAACAACAUCCCUCUCAGAAUAGCAGUGGAUUUGGACGAAAAUCACGUCACUCUGAGCCACAAAGAUAAAGACAACAAAGAGAAGGGGAGUGACCAGAAGGCGGGGUCGAUGCCGUUUUGUGAAGGAGAGGCUUUCAGGAUGAUGUUGUUUGUACAGACGGAAGGAUUCGAAAUCGGAGUGAAUGGAAUGCAUUUCGAUUUCUUCAAAUACCGAACUUGCACCUCUUUCAAUAAUAUGUCAGUACAGCUGGUGAAUGUGACAGCUAUUCAGAAAAUUGACUAUUACUAGCUCAAAUCAUUUUGUUGUUGACAAAAUACAUUUAUUAGAGUGAACAUGAUAAUUGUUUACGCAG